UUACGGCUGCGGGGCGGAUCUGACGGUGGGCGGGCGGAGUGUGAUGGCGUUGGUGGAGUGAAAAGAGAGAGAAGAGAGAGAGAAAAGGAGGAAAGCGGCCCGGGGCCUGGAAACAGGGAAUGGUGAGGGGAAGAACAGGGUUCUAGUGUCUGGAUCCUUCUGAAACAGAGACGAUGCCCGCCCUACUGGAACGACCCAAGAUGUCGAGCGCGAUGGCGCGAGCUCUUCACCAGCACAUCAUGAAGGAGAGAGCACGGAAACGACAAGAGGAAGAGGAGGUGGACAAAAUGAUGGAGCAGAAGAUGAAAGAGGAGCAGGAACGGAAGAGGAAGAAAGAGAUGGAGGAGCGCAUGUCACUGGAAGAGACGAAGGAACAGAUCUCCAAGAUGGAGCUGAAACUACAAAAUCUGCAGGAGGAGAAGCACCAACUCUUUCUGCAGCUGAAGAAGGUCCUGCACGAGGAGGAGAAGCGACGGGCCAAGAUGAAGGAACAGAGUGAUAUGAGCACCCUGACCCAGGCAACUUACCCACAGGCGCUAGCUGUCCACUCCAGCCAGCAUCUCAUCAACAUUCAAGAAGGCCAUGGGAGACCAGGUGGACUGCUGGGCGAUCGGCCAAAAUCACAGAUGUUCACAUCAGCCAUUGCACAGAGUCGUGCGUUCACUGCACAGGCUGGAUUCACAGCUGCUCAGCCAGACCAUGCUCAGUACCAGACUGGACAGUCAGGACAUAGCAGUUACCCAGUAAGCCAGCCCCAACAUGGAGCACCUUACGGUCCGGGACAGGCUGUCACCUACGCCAGCAGCCAGCAGCUCCGAGGCCCAUCUGCUUUCCAGGCAAUGUCUGCAUACCUCCCACAUCAGCAAACAGCCUACGCUGUCCAUGGGCAUUUUUCGCCUCAGCAAGGCUUCAUUCCCCCGAGUACGGCAAUUCCUCUGCAGAAACAGCUGGAACAUGCAAACCAACAGUCUGGAUUCACUGAUUCUGCUGGGUUAACCUAUGUCCACCCUCAGAGACCAGCAUCGCCCGGGGGAUUUCCACAUGGGACCCCACCUCAGCAGACCCUGCCAGCUGGAUUCCAAACAACUGGCCAGCCUGCUCCCCGACACGCCUACCUUCAGCACAGUCAGGGGCAGCGCUACUAUCAUCAGUAAGAGCGGUUCGAGAAGUUUCAGUCAGCCUGGCCCCACUCCUCACUGUGGCUUAGCCCUCACCGUUUCUCAGCUUGUGGGAAAGAGGAAAAUGUUCUUCAAGUCACCACUUUCAGGACGGAUGCCUCUUGUGAAUAGUGAAACAUUAGCCAUUGCUUCUACGUACAAAUGGUGACAGAUUUCCGUCAAGUAAAUUAUCUCCGUUUCACCGCAGAUUCUAAUUGAAGAGAGAGGGAAGGGUAGAUUUUAGCUUGCCGUAAUCAAUGAAGCCCCAGCCAAACAGAGCAGUGUGGUACCUCUGUGGCCUUGUGUGUUGAUUGAAUGGUGAUGCUUUUUGCACAACAGACCCUAUGCCCCAGGUUGCUGAAGUGGUUGUUGUUGAUGUACCAGGUCUAAGUUGCAAGAAACUGACAAUUUGAGUUCUUUCUUUGCCACCCCCCCACCCUAGGUUGGAAUCCUCUGCAGUUCUGUACUUCCUCAGGAUGUGGGCGUUGCUGUCAAGCCUGGUGUUUACUCUGCAUCCCUUAUUACCCUUGAAGUGAAGGGCUAUUUCAGAGGGCUGUUAAAAUUCAAGCUCGUCACUGUGGCUCUGGAGUUGCAUGUAGGUCAGACUGGUUAAGGUGAGCAGAUUUCUUUCCCUGCAGGAUACUCGUGAGCCCUCUGCUCAUCCUGUGGUGCAUCCCUUUAAUCCGCAACUUCCUGUGGCUCAUGACUUUUAAAGUUCUCUUUGUGCUUUUGCUUUUCUCUCUUUUGAGAUGAAAUAUAUUGUGUGGGGACCUAUCAGCAUUCAUGUGCUCUCAGGAGAUUGCUGGUCUUCAUCAGCAAUUCCCACCCUGCUGGUAACCCCCUCCCCAGCUGACUGAUAUCAGAUUGGUCUCAUGCCAGCUGAGUGUUGCAUGAGGGGCUUUGUAACCAGUGGAGUGAGUUGUAAAGUGCAGUCAAGUUGGACAGCACAAUCCCACCAUAGACAAGAGACUGAGUAAUGAGAUGCUUUGCUAAGUGUUUGUUGAGGGGUAAAUAUUGAUCAGGGCCCAGUGAGGGUUCUGUACUUUCAUUCAGUACUGAGCUUUCACAUCAAAAUGAGACAGUAGAUGGUGAGAGGUGCAUAUCUUUGUCUAGAUUUUCAUCAGAAAUACAAUACCUUCCACGCUUGCUCACCCUUUGACACGUGGUUGUGGUCCUGUCAGUCAUGACUGCCUUGUGGUGGGAGAUGAAUAUGGUCUGUGCGUAAGCAGGUUGGCAAGUGUGUGCAGGAAACUUUAACCCUGUGGAAUUCUGCUCCACUCGAAGCAUCUCCCCUUCGAUCAGUCAUUUUAGUCUUGUUAAUUACAAGACUGUACCUUUAACUAUCUAUUUGUGCCAAAUAUGCUUUACCAUCUAAAUCAACGUAUGUUGAGAUUAUCUGAAUUUCUGCGUUUGGUUUAAGUCAGCCAUGGUGCCAGAUGGUCUCCAAAUUUGGGACCAGAUUAACAAUUGCUCAGAGAAGGCAUUGGAGAAAAUCAUAAUGAGAUUGAUCCAGGGCAGGUCAGCACCUCCGAGACGGGGACUGAAAAAUCUUUGUAGAGUCAGGGAAAAAAAAGAGCUUUACUCUGUAUCUCACCCUGUGCUGUCCCUGUCCUGGGAAGUUUGAUGGGGACAAUGUAGAGUGAGCCUCACACUGUAACUAAACUUGUAUCACUGUUUGAUUAGCAGUGCUGCCCUCAAGAUAACUAAAUAAUUGAGCCUGUAAUGUCAAUAGACAUGCUUACAGAUCCAUGUGGACAAUGACCUAUUACUGUAACCUAUUGCUGUUUACCAACGCUGGAGUUAUUCAUGGCGUGGAAUUGACGAAAGUUUUAAUGGGCGAUUGCCAGACAUCUUAUUUUCAGGGUGACCCUGUCCUUUCUGGCUGUUCUGUGGGUGAUUACCAGCUUCCUUGGUCUUACUGCCUGCCAUUCCCCGGCCUUCAGUAUCAAAGCAGCAAGUGUGGUGCUGAAACGGUGAGCUGAGGGAUUCACAGAAUGAGAAUCUGUCACUGAGUAGACCCACAUCACCUCUUUUUCAGAGAACUCUGCAAUAUGAAACUGACCGUUCGGCCCAUCGUCGGUCCACCUGCAUUUUCAGCAACCUGUCCCCAAUUUGCCCCCCACCUGGCCGUGUCCUCACCCGUGUCCUUUUCCAAUAUUUUUUGAAUGGGCCUGCUUCUACCAUCCUUCAGAAAGCAGCUUGUUUGGAAUGUGUGACUUUUAACAAAACAUGUGUUUUCGACUGAGAAAAUUUUGAAAUCUGGCACCUUUGUUCUGCUGCUUAGAGUGAAUUGUAGAAAUUAAAUAUGUAUCUUAAGACUGAA